GAGUGUAGAUGUGUCGAUCGAUAAAAUGAAUUAACUAAUAAUAUAUAAAACUUGCGUAUUUGCAGUGAAAAUUUACUUCCCGAAAUAGUGGAUUUUUAAAAAACUAUUCUGUAUGGAAAAGUGUCGUUCUAAAUACGAAUUUGUAUGGAAACUGUAUGGAGGAUAAAAUUAUAAAAAUAUUGUGACAGUGCAUAUGUGAUUUGAUUAAGUGGCCCUCGAGACAUUCUGACGUUUUUUUUUUGAUUGGAAUUUAUCUAAAAGAUUAAAAAUGUCGACGAAGUAACGGAGAGAAAAUCCAAGAUGGACGUCACAACGCCAGAAAAAAUGAAGGCUGUAUGCGAUAGGAUACCUACAUUAGAAGACCUAGAAAAAAAUAACAUUAAUAAUAAUUCCAAUGAAUAUUUAAGUAUGAAAAAAACUAAUUACGUAAUAUUUAGAUACUCUUACAAAGAUGAAAUAGCAAGAAGAAUGAAGAAAGAGUAUAAAUUUUACAAUUAUUGCAUACUUAGUGUAUCUAUUAGCUUCAUAUUGGGCCUUAUUAUAGGAGUUACAAUAAUGAGUUCUACCCAAACAUUUAACAACCAAAAAUUAACGAAAAACUCAACAAAAACUUCAAUUAGCAGAAGCCUUAAUUCCUUAAAAGUCGACGACUUAAAAGAUAUAGAAAGAAAAGAAAGGAAAGCUAAAAACAACUUUACAACGGUAUCUUUUACUGGAGUCGAUAAAUAUAAGAAAGAUAUCUAUCCAAAAGGACUUACGGAAGACAUGAAAAAUAUACUCAAAGAUACUAAGGAGUAUAAGCAAUUGACGUUUAACAAGACAAAUUUUGUUAUAAGUGAUAAAACAGUUCUGUAUAAUAACGUGUUUUGGGGUCCUGAAGUUGAAAACUCUAUGCCACAAGGCUAUGGGAUCAAUUCAGCAGAAAUAUGGGAACGAUAUGUCAGUCAAAGUGAAGUUGUGAAGAUGGAAACAGGCUGCGGCAGAAUGCAAAAUCGCUUAGUCACUUUCAAAGAUGGAUUACAAGCCUGUGUGAGGUACAGACAAAACACAGAUCAAAUCCAAGGCGAAAUAUUCAGUUUCUACGUCGCAAAUUUGCUAAAUCUAUCAAACUUAGCACCAUCAGUUGUCAAAAUUGUCGAUUUGAAAGACAAACUCUGGAAAAACGUAGCAGAAGACAUUGCUGCGGCCCAAUGGAAUUCGAAUAGGGCUGUUGUUCUAACCCAAUAUAUACCGAGUUUGGAGUCAGCGAAAAUACCAGAAAUUUUAAAGCCAUCAAACAGGCAUUUAAACAAAAAUGACGUGUUAAAAAUGUCCUUACGAGAGAAAGAAAGUGAGGAAUCGAAGCAGAUUUUAAUUGACAAGUUGAAAACGAAAAGUUUGAAAGUUAAAAGUGACAUCGAAGCAUCAGAUCACAUAGAAAUGGAAUUGAACAAAAAAACUGUAGAUUUAUUCGUUGAGUUAGCACAAUGGUCAGAUCUGAUCAUAUUUGACUAUUUAACAGCAAAUUUGGAUAGAAUUGUGAAUAAUUUGUUCAAUUUUCAAUGGAACAUUAACAUUAUGGAUGGCCCGGCUCAUAAUCUAGCGAAGAAAAUGGAUAGCGGGCUUUUAGUGUUUUUGGACAACGAAUCUGGUCUUCUGCACGGCUACAGAUUGCAGAAGAAAUAUAAUGUUUACCACAGUCUUAUGUUGGACAAUCUUUGUGUGUUUAGAAGAACAACAAUAGAAUCUCUAAAAACCUUGUACAAGGCAAAUAAUGUAGGUAUUAAAAUAAGCGAUAUGUUUCAUAGAAAGAACAACGCAGUUGUAAGGGACAUCCUACCUCCUUUGCCUGAGAAAAAUGCUAAAAUAUUACACGAACGGAUAGGAAGGGUGUUAAGUCAAGUUGAUGAAUGUGAACAAAAAUUUUCAAAUAGAUAAAUAAGUUGUUAAACAAACUUCAAAGAAAGAAUCUUUAAAGAAAAAAUCUUUUAAGAAAGAAUCUUCAAAGAAAGAAUCUUUAAAGAAAGAUAUGGCGUGUACUGAAAUCUACACAAAUGUCAUCCAAGUGCCAUCAGGGUGUUUAAAAAGGCCACAUGAAAGCAAUUCAUCUCAAAAAAAAAAAAACUUUUGUGAUCCAAUAGUUAGGCUAUUGCAGACUGAUCACAAUGUUCGAAAGUAAGAUGAUCCGUUUGAAAGCCACGUUAAACCGUUGGCCUCAGUUACUACUUACUUAAGUAAGUACGUAGUCGUUACAUGAGUCAAGUCAGGGGCGUAUGGCGGCUCAAUAGUAACCCUGACACCAGGUUUGAAGGGGUUGGUAAUCCACCUCAUAACCUACACGACAGAAGGAUCUAAAAAGCAAUAUUGCUAUUUGACAUUUGCGCUUUUUUAGGUGAAUUGUUUUAAUUUAGUCUUAUAAGCCCCCAAGAUCUUUGUAGACAUAAAAUUCUUUCAACCAACGACUGAAGUGAUAAAACCCUUUGUUUUUUAAGCAUUUUUUCGAUACCAAAUAACUAUUAUUUAUUAUUUAGGAAAACUAGUAGAAUGUAUCGUGCCAGUUGUAUUUCGAAGUGAUAUUUAAAAAUAGAUGUUGUUUAGUUUUUUUUUUGUAAAAUAUCUGUGUAUUUUUUAAUUUUUAUUUGUAAAUACGCUUCUGUAAUCAUCACUAAUUUAAGAGCCACGCUCUUGUCGGUGUAGCAUUCUCCAUUCUUGUCUAUCAAAGGCCACUUCACCUCCUCAUAAGACACGACGUUCGCCUUCUCUUUAAUCUGUUCCAUGUAGCUCUUCUUGGUCUUCCCCUUCCUCUCUUUCAUUCUAGCUUUCCUUCUAUGAUGUU